GGAUAAUUUCAGCUUAAAUAUACUGGAUUAACUGAUUAAUUAGAGGGCAAUUUAACCUUUCAAGGUCGCGGCGCUAGCGUUACUCGUCUUCGUCAAUUUAAGGAUAGUGGACUUAACUAAAUGGAACGAAUAGUGGCUCUUUCAGAUGAUGACUUAAGAGCUGAACUGUUGAGUUACGGUUAUCAUCCACCUCCAAUUCAAGAUGACAUUACCAGGAAAAUUUUGCGAAAGAAACUUGCACUGUUUAUUGAUCCUUCUCUGGUGACCGAGGAACAGAAUCAAAAUUCAAAUUCUUCAGAUGACAGUGAAGAGUGUAACUUAUACGGUGACACAAGCGUCCGUUCUAGAAACCGGGUCCGAUUUUCUGAAGCUCAAGAGAAUGUAUAUGAAGUGACAAAUUCUCCUACCUACAGAGUUCGCCUAUAUUUACUUCUAGUGUUUGUCCUGUCACUAUCCUUAUAUCUCUUACUAAAAGCCAUCGAUAUAAUCUGAAGAAUUUCCGAUCAAUUUUUACGAUUGUUUUUCAGUUGAUUGUUAUUCCACUACAUUACCACUGUUCACAUAUAUCAUUGGUUUUUGCUAUUAAAAAAGUUUUGUAUUCAAA